AGUCCCAGAAUGCAUCACAGCUCAGCCCGGUGUGCACCGAGGCAUGCUGGGAUCGCUCUCCUUCCCUGCCGCUGAAGAAGGGCCUCUGUGAAUGCGGCACUGCGGAGGGCUCUGGAAGGCUCAGCUUCUUUAGGUCCAUGUCCCACCAUGCUUUCCUGUGACAUAUGUGGUGAGACAGUGACCUCAGAACCAGACAUGAAGGCUCACCUAAUUGUUCACAUGGAAAACGAAGUGAUCUGUCCAUUUUGCAAGUUGUCAGGUGUAAGUUAUGAUGAAAUGUGUUUUCAUAUCGAAACUGUUCAUUUUGAGCAAAACACACCAGAAAGAGACUUUGAGAAGCUGAAUGCAAAACAGUGCGAAGACUCAGACAGCAAGACCACCACCCCGCAGAGUGCAAUGGAAGUUAAUUCAAGUGUUCAUUCUGCAUGUGCGUCUAAUUUUCCGAAAAAUGCAGCUCAAGGCCUUGGUAAAGAUGGAACAUUAAAACGUGAAGCUUUUUAUACAGAGAACAUAACUGAAUCUAAAAAGUCCCUGAAAAGCAGGGGAAAGCAGUCUGGAUUGUCUGAGGUCCAAGGAUCAGUUUAUGAGACAACGUAUAGUCCUCCUGAAUGUCCGUUUUGUGGAAAAAUAGAGGGAUGUAGUCAAGAUGUGGAAACUCAUGUGAAAACAAAGCACGCCAGUCUUUUAGAAACUCCAUUAGCAGACUGCCAUCAAGCCCUCUAUGACUGUCCCAUGUGUGGGCUUGUCUGUACAAAUUAUCAUAUUCUCCAAGAGCAUGUGGAGUUACAUCUUGAAGAAAGCAGCUUCCAACAAGGCAUGGACAGAGUACAGUGUUCUCGUGAUCAAACAUUAGCUUACCAACUUCAGCAAGAAGAAGACAGGAAGAGGAGAUCUGAAGAAUCAAGACAAGAAAGGGAAGAGUUUCAGAAGUUGCAGCGGCAGUAUGGUUUAGAUAAUUCUGGAGGAUACAAACAACAGCAGCUCCGACAUAUGGAGAUAGAAGUAAAUAGGGGAAGAAUGCAUCCAUCUGAAUUUCAUAGCAGAAAAGCUGACAUGUUGGAAUCAAUAGCUAUGGGUAUUGACGAUGGAAAAACAAAAACUUCUGGGAUUAUUGAAGCCCUCCAUAGAUAUUAUCAAAACACUGCCACAGAUGUGAGGUGUGUGUGGCUCUCUACAGUGGUGGAUCACUUUCACUCAUCUUUCGGGGACAAAGGUUGGGGUUGUGGUUAUAGAAAUUUCCAGAUGCUACUCUCGUCAUUACUGAAAAAUGAUGUGUAUGGUGACUGCUUGAAAGGUAUGUCAGUUCCUUGCAUUCCAAAAAUUCAGUCCAUGAUUGAAGAUGCAUGGAAUGAAGGUUUUGAUCCUCAGGGGGCCUCUCAACUUAAUAACAAAUUACAGGGAACAAAAGCCUGGAUUGGAGCAUGUGAGAUUUAUACGCUUCUGACCUCUCUGAGAGUAAAGUGCCGCAUUAUUGAUUUCCACAAGUCAACUGGUCCUUCGGAGACACAUCCUCGCUUAUUUGAAUGGAUAUUGAACUAUUAUUCUUCAGAGAGGGAAGGGAAUGCAAAGGUUGUGUGUACAUCUAAACCUCCUGUCUAUCUUCAGCAUCAGGGUCACAGUCGAACAAUUGUUGGGAUUGAAGAGAGAAAAAACCGAACAUUGUGUUUACUAAUAUUUGAUCCCGGAUGUCCUUCUCGAGAAAUGCAGAAACUGUUAAGGCAAGACAUAGAGACUGGUAGUCUCAGGCAGCUCCGGAAAUAUGUGGGAAAUAUAAAACAUAAGCAGUACCAGAUAGUAGCAGUAGAGGGUGUUCUUUCACCACAGGAGAAAGCUGCCAGGAAACAAGCUUCUCAAGUGUUUACAGCGGAGAAGAUCCCUUGAAUCAAAUGUUUCAGUGACUUUGUUAUUGUUCUUUUUUUCUGAUAUUGAUAAGUUGAAGAAUUUUAUUUCACCUACGUCCUUGAUUUGUUUUUUAAGUUAUAAAUGCCUGUUAAAUUAUACCUCUUAGAUUUCCAUUGUCUAGUACUUAGUUGAAUAAAAUAUCUUGUUUGU